AUGAGAGUGGAGUGUGGGAUUCCUAUUGAUGAAGGACUUCCGGAGGAGCAGAUCAUGGCCAUUAUAGAAGUUGUUACAGUUUGUGAGACCGGGAAGAAGCUUGAAGAGAUGAAGGCAAUUGAUGAGGGUAUGCUGAUUUGGCAUCAACUCUAUAGGAGAGUAGUAGCUGAAGAAGAGAUCAAUGAGAUCCUUACACACUGUCAUGGAUCAUCAUAUGGAGGCCACUUUGCUACAUUCAAAAUAGUUUCUAAGGUUCUACAAGCUGGAUUUUGGUGGCCACAUAUGUUCAAGGACACACAAGACUUUGUAUCAAGAUGUGACUCAUGUCAAAGGAGAGGAAAUUUCACAAAGAGGAAUGAGAUGCCUCAAAACCCGAUUCUAGAAGUUGAAGUGUUUGAUGUGGAAGCCAUUGCUAGUCCAACUAAUGAUGCUAUAGCUGCUCUAAAGAUGCUCAAGAGCAUCAUUUUUCCAAGGUUUGGGGUCCCAAGGGUUGUGAUCAGUGAUGGAGGCUCUCAUUUCAUUAAUAAAAUGUUUGAGAGUGUUCUCAAGAAGAAUGGUGUGAAUCAUAAGGUUGCAACUCCUUACCAUCCUCAGAUAAGUGGGCAAGUUGAGAUAUCCAACAAGGAAAUCAAGACUAUUUUGGAGAAAACUGUUGGGACAACAAGGAAGGAUUGGAAAAUAUGCAAGAAGUCUGGCUCCACACAGCCCUCAUCUGAGGCUUCUCAAGACCCAUCAGAGAGAGAGCCUCGUCACUCCAUGAUCACAAAGCAGAAGCCUGCUAGGAAGCAUCGAGUAAGCCGCAACCAGAGCAGGGAAGAGCGUUUGUCUGAGAUAGAGAUGGAGAUCAAAGAAGGUUUUAAAGCAUACACUGAAGCUGAAGAGGAAGCCACAGUUGUAGAAGAGGAAAGGCGAGUUGAUAACAUGCCCUCCUACACCAAGUUGUUUGCACACAUCAAAAACAUCAAGUUGUCUUCGAUGAGAUGUUUGGCCAUUGCCUCAUUGAUUUUCGGACAUUUCCUCAUUGCAAACAUUUGGGAUUCUUGA